UCACGUCACAAUAACAUUGGCGUCAUAAUAGUAAUGACGUCACAAUAAUCUAAUCCCGAAAUUCCGCUGUUGGAUUCAACCAUACGCACACUGAAAAAAAACACCAUGGGUAUCUUUCAGAGUUGCCUUGGCAAACAUAACAGAGUAGGAGUGAUGGGGAAGGAAGAAAUGGAGGCGUAUAAAAAGGUUCGUCAGACAAUGAUCACGGAGGAUAUAUAUGAGAGGAAGGGCGGAGUGGCAUUCGAUCUAACUUUCCUCACUGAGGAAUCAGCACUAAAGCUGCCAACCAGGCCUCCUAGCCGACUGACCACUGACAAAAAAGAGGAUUUUGAAAAAUGGAGAGAAAAUCAAGAGAAAACACAGGCCGAAAAACAAGAGAGGGCCCAGCAGAAAAGAGAAGAGGCCAUUGUGCAGAAGAAAAUUGAAUGCGCACACAAGGAAAUGGAGCGACUUGAAAAAUAUGCCAACAUCAGUGAUUAAUUAAAAAUAUGAACUGCAUGCCAUAAAAUUUAACCCUGGCAGAACAUUUGAUGUGGAUGGCCUGGCAAAAAAAGCCUGGCAUAGCAUUCAUCCAAAGAAUAUUGCAAUCAUGUACAUGUAUUUCUGAAUUAUAAAUCUUUUGGUCCGAGAGAGAGGACACCACAGCUCUUUUAUCCCGCUGCUCUCUUUGGCUGUUAAUUAACUUUAUUCUCUUUUGAUAUACCGCGCCUCACAAACGCCCCCACAAACAGACAAAGCUAACACUGCUGGCAAAAUCUGACUAUUCUAAAUUCAUGUUUUUUGGUUUUCCUUUUUUUGUAUCAAAGCAAGCGAGAUAGUUCACUUUGCCAAGUUACCAAAGCAAAAUUAAACUUCCAACUAUUUUGAACCUUUAGGCCUUUCAGGGAAGUCUCUGUUUUAAAGGUGUGCCCUGUCAAAACUUUUGAAAUUGUAAAUGAAGCAUCCAAUUUGAGAUGUCUUAAAGCUCCGUUAUCCUCUCUUUUCAAAAUUUCA